UGUAAAGUGAAAGAGAGAGAAAGGAAAGAGAACAAUAGUGGGGGGUCGAGUGAACGGUGUUCCAUGAAAACCGGUGAUCGUGCCAUAAGAGGAGAAAGUUCCCAGUUCGAGCACCAAUCGAAACGAUUGUCCGAAGAAAGAAAAACCUUGAUUGGUGCCGAAGCUAGGGACUUUCUCCUUUGACGGGACAAAUCACUGUGGCUGUGUGUUUCUCAGUGGAAAGUACUGUGCAGUGGUAGAGAACCGCGGCGGCGGCGGUGGUGAUUCAGACCUCCUUAUCAAUCUGAAAAAGUCGUGGUGAAGUACUGGGAGUGAUUCGUCGACAUCGGGCGUCGAUUAUAUGUUCGAAAUGAGGUGUCAUUGAUAAGACUUAAGAGCGCCGCGUGGUUCCGCCUCCGCCGUGCCCGAUUCGCGGCACAUCACGGACGUGUGGAUAAAGCGGCGCCAUACAUAUAUAUAUAUAUAUAUUCAUAUACAUAUAUAUAUAUACAUAUUUAUAUACAUUUACAUAUAUAUUUAUGUAUAUAUGUAUAUAUACAUACACGAUAUAUAAUCGUAUUUUUUUUUCUUUCGGGGGAGUGCAUAGAAGACAGAAAAAGGGAGGAGUGGAAACCGUCGCGAGAACGAAAGAGAAAUCCCGACACUAAGGGAGGCCGACACAAGUGAAUCGAGAGCGAGAAAGAGAGGUAGAGAUUCGCGGAUGCGGCGCGGUGUCUCUGCACCCGUGCGUGAAUCACGCGUCGGAGGCGCUCGUCUGUCCCCCGUUUUCGAGUACACCCUAUACUCACGACAUUGACCCAAUCGAGGACGCUGGUUUGCAAUUGAACAAGACCUUAAGCGACUAGUACCGAUUAGCCGUUCGAAACUGUCAUCCACGAGGAGGGGCAUUCCUGCUCCGUUUCGUUUUCAUGUCCUCCACCGGGCGUCGAAAGUCUUUCUAUCCGUGCUCGUGAUACAGAGCCGGUAUUAGAAACAUCGGUCAUACAACGUCCACCAGACUGAAAAAAAUCCACCUCUUCUCCUGAUAACAGAAGUGAAUGGAUCUUAGGUUCUCAUGUUUUCAAGAGAGAACUUGGCGGUCUUGUCAACGUGAAGAAUUCUGUAUAUACUGUGAUUUAAGAGAGCCCUUAGUCUUUUGAAAUUUUCGAGUAACGUCACAACGACUGAGCAGGACCGUGGCAGGAGGACGUAGAGUUAAGUGGAUAUCCGUUUAAAAGUAUUGAAACGCAGCAACUUAGAGUAGACUGGCAACAAAGAGACAAGAGUAGGGACAACAUGUCAGAUGAAGAAGACAAACCUCCCGCACCUCCUGUGCGACUUACUUCGAACAGAGGUGAAUCGGCACCUAAUUUGCCAGUGGACAUGCGUCCAUUGCCUAAAGAACCUGAUUCUGAUGAACGUAAGAAAAAAACAUUAAAAAGCAAAAUGAAGGUAAAAGAGAACAAAGAUAAACCCAACAUCAGUUACCCCACCAAUUUUGAACAUACGGUACACGUUGGAUUUGAUGCGGUUACCGGUGAAUUUACGGGAAUGCCAGAGGCUUGGGCGAGGCUGCUUAUGUCUAGUAAUAUCAGUAAACAGGAACAGAAGAAGAACCCACAAGCCGUGUUAGACGUUUUGAACUGGUAUGACAGUAGUAGUAAAGAAACGAAAGGUUCCAAGUAUAUGACAACAACAAAAAUGGUUGGAGUAGUCGCUCCCAUUGAAAGAGCAAGUAGUCCUCGAAGCAUGGGUAUAAGUGUUGGGACGGGAGUAGGAAAUAUUCGUGGUCAAGCAAUGUCACAAGCUUCUGGAAGUUCUCAUUCUCAGCAUUCGCUCAGCAGCAGUAGUCCAAGUAGCACGCCAACGGAUGCUUGUGCAACUAGUUCCGAACAAGAGGAUGAACCUCCGCCACCGCCAAUUUCUGCUAGACCAGAACGUACAAAAUCAAUUUAUACAAAGCCUAUAGAAGAAGAACCGCCUCCACCAUUAACAACAACGUUAGGCUCGCCUCAACGAAAUGGUACACCGCAACAACCACACCAAUCGCAAUUGGACAGAAACAAAAAUCAAGCAACUCCUACAUCAACGACAACCGAUCAAACGAGACCAGCGCAAAGCGAUAAAGCUAGAAAGAAAAAGAUGUCGGAUGACGAGAUAUUAGAAAAACUAAGAACAAUUGUAAGCGUAGGAGAUCCUAAUAGAAAAUAUACAAAAAUGGAAAAAAUUGGACAAGGUGCUUCGGGAACAGUGUACACAGCAAUCGAGACAUCAACAGGGAUGGAAGUUGCAAUAAAACAAAUGAAUCUUUCGCAACAACCCAAGAAAGAAUUAAUAAUAAACGAAAUAUUAGUUAUGCGGGAGAACAAACAUCCGAACGUUGUAAAUUACUUGGAUAGUUAUCUUGUAGGAGAAGAAUUGUGGGUAGUUAUGGAAUAUUUACCUGGUGGUAGUUUGACGGAUGUUGUGACUGAGACUUGUAUGGAUGAGGGUCAAAUAGCAGCAGUGUGUAGAGAAGUCCUACAAGCUUUGGAGUUCCUUCAUUGUAAUCAAGUUAUACACAGAGAUAUUAAAUCUGAUAACAUUUUGCUCGGUUUGGACGGCGGAGUGAAGCUAACAGAUUUUGGAUUUUGUGCACAAAUUUCACCGGAACAAAGUAAACGAACUACUAUGGUCGGUACACCAUAUUGGAUGGCACCUGAAGUAGUUACGAGAAAACAAUACGGCCCAAAGGUUGACAUUUGGUCGUUGGGUAUAAUGGCUAUUGAAAUGAUAGAAGGGGAACCGCCAUAUUUAAACGAAAAUCCAUUACGAGCUUUGUAUUUGAUUGCAACAAAUGGAAAACCCGAAAUUAAAGAGAAGGACAAGUUAUCGCCAAUUUUUCAAGAUUUCCUAGAUCAGUGUUUAGAAGUUGAGGUGGAGAAACGAUCGGCAGCUUCGGAAUUACUCAAGCAUCCUUUUCUGAAAUUAGCAAGGCCACUUGCUUCCUUAACACCCUUAAUAAUGGCGGCAAAGGAAGCUGCUAAAGGUCAUUAGCGGCAGAAUUCUUAUUGGCGUUUCUGGCCAUGCAAUAUGAUCAGAAAACACAAGUUUGCAAAUAAAAAAAUGAAUCACCCUCCCAAAACGGAACGGCACAAUAAUUUAAUAAUAUAUAAUAAAUAAUAAAUAAACAUAUAUAAAUAUAUAUAAACAUAUAUAUAAAUAUAUAAAUAUGUAUAUAUAUACACACAUACACACACACACAUACACACACAUAUAUAGAAUAUAUACAUAUAUACAUAUUUAUAUAUAUAGAUCAUAGAUAGAUAGAACUUAUCCGAUACCUUGGGAAGUAUCGAGAAAUGGUUUCAAAGUUUUUAAAUUGCUCGAUUCUCGCAUGUUGCGAGGAAACAAAGUUAAUCAGAAGAACUGUGAACGAUCUGACGGCAGAAAUCUUGCGAUCCUCGACGAGUUUUUAUUGGUCGUGUAGAGCUCACCAUGUCUUAUUUAAAUAGUCUUCAAAGAGAAAAAGAGUAAAUUGUAUGGGGUGGUUUGUUGCCUGAAGAGCUCUUGUACCAAUGUGGAACUGUCAUCGAGGAUUCUCAAACGACUGUCAGUUAUUUUCUAAAGAUAUAAAACUAGUAUUACUGACUCUAAAAUUGAAGAUCAGAGUUAGCUAAAAAAACAUACAUUAUUUAUAGUGAAAACCUUAUUAGAUAAUACCAUAAACAAAUGUGAACAAGUACAUAGGACCUAUUCUAAUACAUUAUUAUGGUUUAACAAGAAAUCGUAGAAAAAAGAAAAUUGGUCUUCAUGUCAGACUUAUAUUUUUCGAAUGAAGUUAUGGAGAGCAGAGCAAUAUGUUUUCAGUCUUUGGUCUGUCAGUAUGACGUAGAUGUGUAAGCGAUAGCCUAACUUGUUUUAAACGUUCUCAAGAAUCGCGUUCUUGUCAUUGAAUGUUAGGGGACAUCAUUACGUUGCAUCAAGUUAAUGUUUUAACAGAUAUUUUUAGUAUUCGGAUAUUGCAAUCCUUGCAUUACGUUAAAAUGUAUAUAAAUACGAUAAAUUGAUUUCACAGAUAGCAAAGUUUAUGAUCAAUUUAAUACACGCGAAUCUUAUUUAAUGCUAUUCAUUUGUAAUUGUAAGUAUACAAGAUAAGUACUUUUUCUCAUUUGCAUCACCGAUGAGACACGUCGAGACAUUGAUCCUGUUAUAAAAAUAUAUUAGUUGUAAAAGAAAAACAUCUUUCUAUGGACGUAUGUCCAGUUGCGUGUGUUCUCCGAUACAGGUCAAAUGAUAAAAUGUCUUUUGACGUGUCUUGUAGGAAGUGAACGGAUAAGCGACGAAAUUUUAAAACAAGGUUCAGAUAUAGGAGCAUUUUGUGACACUAUAAAGUGCCUGUCUUGUCAUGUUUAGAGACGUGAAAAAACUCGCGCUAGAUUCCUUAUAA